CCUUUAGGUGAAUUGUGAAGGGGAUCAUCUCUCUCUCCUCGCCUUUAUCUGUGUACGAUUUUUUUUUCCGAUCACGGCGUCAGACAUUGGGAUGUUUGUGUGUUAUAGUUUCCUCUCGACUUUUGUUGGGGCCCGAGCAUGGAACGGCAGGGAAUUACUCAUUCAUAUUAUUUUCUUUCGUGAGGUCAGGUCAGCAUUGGUGGUGGUAGUUGCUAGGCAAGGCACGGCAAUGGAAAGAAAGACCGACCAUACUACCUUUUGCAGUAAACCGCAACUGGCAGUUCGCAAAAGGGAUCCAGCCUUCCAGUCUUUUUAUUUUUAUUUUUACGUGACUUUCCUUGGGUUUUCUUGUCUUGUUUUCUACUAAAAGUCGGGCAAGGUUGUUAUGGGAUUCUUUCUCUCUCCUGUUUUGCCCUAUUUGGGUCUCGGGAGGAGUUUGAGGGACUGUGGUUUGACUCUAAUCAUGGGAAUGGGCGAGGCAGAUUGAUAUUUCGUUUCCCUGGUUCAUCGAUGCUCGGUGCCAGAGGUUGGCUGCC